AUGGCGCAGCCGUGGGACUACAUUGCAAAGAUCGUGUCGCUAGGCGACUCUGGCUGUGGCAAGUCGAGUCUCACAGUGCGACUCUGCGAAGGCCGCUUCUCACCCCACCACGAUGUCACAAUCGGAGUCGAAUUUGGAUCGCGCAUAGUCCCCGUUGGCCCACCCGCCUCAUAUUCACUGAGCAUCAACAACCCCUCAAAAGCCGACCCUCCAUCCUCGCCGUCGAAGAAGGAUCCACCACAGAAGCACAUGAAGCUCUCGUUAUGGGACACAGCCGGGCAGGAGACAUACAAGAGCAUAACAAGAAGCUACUUUCGCGGCGCAUCAGGAGCGCUUCUCGUAUUCGACAUCUCGCGGAAGCAGACUUUCCUCAGCGCGACGAGCUGGCUCCACGACCUGCGACAGAUCGCCGAGGAGGGUAUCGUGGUAGUUUUGGUCGGGAACAAGAGUGAUCUGGCAGCGUCGUCGACAGUAUCGGAAGCAGAAGCGUCCAACAAGCGACAAGUCACAAAAGAGGAGGCGGAAGAAUGGUGUAAAGCGAACGGCGUCAUGCAGUACGUCGAGACAUCAGCAAAGAGCGGCGAGGGUGUCGAGCGGGCGUUUCUGGAAGUUGCCGAGAGGAUAUACCAAAAUAUCGAGGCAGGGAAAUACGAUCUCAACGACAGGAGAAGUGGUGUCAAGGGCCCGGGGGCCGGUGGCGGUAACCGUGCUGGCAUCACGCUCGGAAUGAAUGAUGCCGCGAAGAAAGGGAAGCAACAGGGCUGGGGAGGCGGAUGCUGCUGA